AGACCAGCAGCCAGCACUGUGAAGUGGCACUUCCGAUGGUGGUGACGCGCCAUGGCGGCCGAUGAUAAAGUGGCCAUCCUCACGGAUGACGAGGAGGAGCAGAAGCGGAAGUACGUGCUCGCCGAUCCUUUCAAUGGCAUUUCCAGGGAGCAGGAGCCGCCGCCUCACGAGACCCCCUCGUCCACAGCCACGGAGGCCGCUCCCGAGGAGGAGGUGGACUGGAUCGAGAGACACUGCGUGAAGAUCAACAACGACCUGCUCAUCUCCAAGGUCUUCUACUUCUUCUUCUACGCCGCCUACGGCUCUCUGUACCCCCUGCUGCCCGUGUACUAUAAGCAGCUGGGAAUGUCCCCCAGCCAGAGCGGGCUGCUGGUGGGCAUCCGCUACUUCAUUGAGUUCUGCAGCGCCCCCUUUUGGGGCGUGGUUGCGGAUCGCUUUAAGAAGGGCAAAAUUGUCCUCCUCUUUUCUCUUCUGUGCUGGGUUUUAUUCAAUCUGGGCAUCGGCUUCGUCAAACCCGCGACUUUGAGGUGUGUACCAAAGACUCCCCCAACGGCCCGCCCUGCCAACGCGAGUCACCUGCUAACCCUCCUGCCAGCGAAUUCCUCCUUCAUUUCUUCCGUGACACCGCCACUGCCACCGAGGCCGCGAGAGAGGAGAGGCCUGCUCCUUGCCAGUGGGCCCACGCCCACGGUGGCGGGAGACACCGGACCCAAUGUCACGGAGCCUCUCACCUUCCCAACAGCCGUCGACAGGACCAGCGCGCGCACGCUGCCGCCGCAGACUGAGGACGUGACAGACCUCAGCAAGGACCUGACCUUGAUCCCAAGCACGGCAGCCCCUGCCCCCCCGGGGAUUGUCACCAGAGAGCCCACCACUACCAUCGUCACUACCACCAGGUCUUUACCUUCUGACCAGGUCACUCUGCUUUACGACCAGCAAGAAGUGGAAGCCAUCUUCCUGGUGAUCCUGGUGGUCGUCAUCAUCGGGGAGUUCUUCAGUGCCUCCUCUGUCACCAUUGUGGACACGGUGACGCUCCAGUACCUGGGCAAACACAGGGACCGCUAUGGGCUGCAGCGCAUGUGGGGCUCCCUGGGCUGGGGCCUGGCCAUGCUGUCCGUGGGCAUCGGGAUCGACUACACCCACAUCGAGGUGCUCGUCCACGGGAAGGGGUGCCGGCCCCCCGAGUACCGCAACUACCAGAUCGUCUUCAUCGUCUUCGGGGUCCUCAUGACCAUGGCCUUGAUCGUGGCCACUCAGUUCCGGUUCCGCUACAACCACUUCAAAAGUGACGAGGGUCGAGGCAAGGAGGUGGAGAUCGCCCCGGUGGAGCGAGGCAGCCCCACCGAGUCCGCCGAGGAGGUGCCCGCCGCGAGCCACGCGCAGGCCGCCAGCUUCUGGGAUCUGAUCCGCCUGCUGUGCAGCGUGCAGUACGGCUCCGUGCUCUUCGUGGCCUGGUUCAUGGGCUUUGGCUACGGCUUCGUGUUCACCUUCCUCUACUGGCACCUGGAGGACCUGAACGGGACCACCACCCUCUUCGGGGUGUGCUCCGUGCUGAGUCACGUGUCUGAGCUGACGGCUUAUUUUUUCAGUCACAAGCUCAUUGAGUUGAUCGGCCACAUCAGGGUUCUGUACAUCGGCCUGGCCUGCAACACGGCGCGCUACAUCUACAUCUCCUACCUGGAGAACGCCUGGACCGUGCUGCCUAUGGAGGUGCUCCAAGGCGUGACGCACGCGGCCAUCUGGGCGGCCUGCAUCUCCUACCUGAGCGCCGCGGUGCCCCCCGAGCUGCGGACGUCGGCACAGGGCAUCCUGCAGGGCCUGCACCUGGGUCUGGGGCGAGGCUGCGGGGCCAUGAUCGGAGGCGUGCUGGUCAACUACUUCGGGGCUGCUGCCACCUUCCGGGGAAUCGGCAUGGGCUGCCUGGUGAUCCUCCUGCUCUUCGCCCUGAUCCAGUGGCUGGCAGUGCCGGACGAGGAAGAAGACAAGACAAUGUUGGCCGAGAGGAUUCCGGUUCCAUCCAGCCCUGUCCCCAUAGCAACCAUCGACCUGGUCCAGCAGCAGCCAGAGGACAUCCUGCCGCGCGUGGAGCCGCGCCUCCCACCCAAGAAGACCAAGCACCAGGAGGAGCAGGAGGAUGCCAGCAAGCCCGCCUGGGGCGUCAGCGCCUCCCCCUGGGUGACCUUCGUCUACGCCCUCUACCAGGUGAAGGAGAUGCUGCUGCUCGCCAGGGAGAGCCAUGCCUCGGAGAUCCAGCCUCUGCAGGGGACCAGUGAGAACCGGGGAGACUCUCGAGCUGCUGGAGCCCGGCCCGCCCCCAGUGACACGCCCUCCGACCCACCUGGCAGCCAGCCGCCCCCUUCAUCAGCAGCAUCGCACACGCAGACGCAGAGCAGCUCCGCCCACCCCAGCUCCAACCAGCCUGCAGAGGAGGGUGGGGACCCGCAGGCCCUGCCCACCGCUGGGGGACCCUGAGGGCCCUGCCCACCUCACCCCUGCAUGGAACGGGCCUGGGACCAGGAGGCGUCCCGAGCCUGGCACACGCCCGCCUUGAGCAUCGCGCCACACGCUUCUGAGUAUCUGAACCCAUCGGCGUGGAGACACACACGCAGCCACAGUGCAGGAGCCGUUCCACCCACAGCCCGCUGGAGUGGCGGGAAGAAGUGGGUUCGCGGGGACACCCGUUUGCGGGCGGGCUGGGGUCGGCCGGGGUGCAGAGUCACACUAAGUGGAGGGAGGUGAGCGCUGAGGGCGGGUCCCUUCUGGGUAUUUAUUCAUUAUCUGGUUCUUCAUGCGAACGGGAGGAGCCGCCUGUCUUUGCUUCUCUUGAAGAGAACCCUUUGGAAAUUGUGCGUAAAGAUCCAGGGGGCAGGUGACAGUGAGCAGGGCUGUGCUUUUGUUUCAGAAAAGGAGGGAGAGUCCUCAGGAGCAUGGCCUCGGGGUCCCCGAGCUCCGCAGGGGCAUUUCGUCUGCGUGGAAGGCGAGGAAAGCAGCCGAGCCCCUGAGCAGAGCUCGGGGACCCCGCGAGCCGAGCGGCGCGUUCACCGGCCGUUUGUUCUCCACGGGCUGCAGGACCAGAGCAGGGAACAUUCCAGACCACCCGCGCCUCCCUGUCCUGGGCCGAGAGGCAAGGGGCGCUGGCCAUGGUGAUGCUGCGAGUCGCCUCGACCAGGCUUUACGGUUCCUGGUGAUUCGGGCUCGACUCGCUGGCGGGGUUUUUCUUACUCGCUGAAUCCCUAAGGGUUUCUUUAGCGAAGCAGUGCUAUUUCCAAGUAACAGUAUAAGAUGUAAGUGCCUGGGGGAGGGAUACAGCUUUUGAAGUUAUGUAAGGGGUGGGUUUUUGCUUUGUGUGGGGGACAGUCAGACACUGGACAUGGCUGUGGGCUUGCUGCUGUGAACAUACCACUACUGUCGGGGCCACGGCUGGUGACUCGGGCAAAGCUCGCUGCUAACAAUAAAGACGAGGUCCCCGGGAAGUGGGGAGCCCGGGGAAAGGGAGCCGCUGGGGGAAUGAGGGCCAGUCCACAUGGAUAGUAGCUGUCGGGGAGCGGAGGAGGAGGAAAGGGAAGGACGGUCAAGAGAAGCCACUCGCUUACCCCCUGGCCCCAUUACACGGGUCAGUGGUAGAGUAAGAGCGGCUCCAUGAAAUCUACGUCCGCCUAAAACUGCACGGGGAGGAGAAAUCCCACUUAGAUAUCUGGCUCCACAAAACACAGCUUUAAAAGAAAUAAUAAGGGAAAGAAGUGGAAUUAAGCAAACAGUUAUUUUUGCACUUGAACUGAGACGUACUGUACCGUAGAUUAUCAUGACUCAUCUUAAGUGACCUUUCCAAAUCCGAUGUAUUUAUUGUGCUUAUGUGACUUCAGAAAUAAAGACACGUGCGCAGGCGACCCUCGCCGUGAGUGUAACGUACGGCAUGUGGACGUGUGAACUGA